UAGUUGCAUCAUUAAGGGAUCCUCUUCUGUACAUUUUUUCCAGGCCAUGGGUAUCAAAUUCAGGCACAAACAACAUCUACACAACCUCUGCCAUGGAGAGAGCAGCCCCUCUGGAGAUCAUCCAGCUCAGAGAAAGAAGCUACAGAUACCUCAAAGGUAUCCUCUGCACCUCCUCUAACUCAGGAACUGACACCACCAUGGGAACUUUAGCUGGAAUACAGUCAGGAGCACAAACUGAUUUGGCCUUCAGCAACCGGAAGCGUAAAGAGGGAACUCCAGCAAAUAUUCGUGCAGAGCUUCAGUAUUCAGUAAAGGAGGCUGUAAUUCUGGAAAAAAAAGUUAUGCACCAAGACACUCGGGGCAGAGAUCAGAUAUUCUUCCAGAUCAAUAAUAAUAAAAAGACUAUAGAAGAGAUAUGUCUUGGCUGUGGGAGUCUACAAGUGAUUACUCAGCAUCCACUCUUUGAAGGAGGACUUUGUGAUCCAUGUAAGGACAACUUUUUGGAGACGAUGUUCCUGUAUGAUCAGGAUGGGUACCAAUCUUUUUGCACAAUUUGCUGUGGUGGAACCAAAGUGCUGAUGUGUGGAAAUUCUGGGUGUAAGAGGUGCUACUGUUGUGAGUGUUUAGAUGCUCUUGUGAAGCCUGGUGCUGCAAAACAGGCUGAAGCAAUGGAACCCUGGGUGUGUUUCAUGUGCUGUCCAGUUCAGUCUUUUGGUCUACUCCAGAAAAAGAAGACAUGGCAACUAAAACUGAAGCAGUUCUUUGACCAAGAAAGUGACCAUGUUCGGAUCUAUGCACCAGUUCCUACAGAUAAACAAAAUCCAAUUAGAGUUCUGUCCGUCUUCAGCAAUAUGACUAAAGAUUUACAGGACAUUGGAAUUUUGGACAGGGUUCAUAAUGCUAAUCACGAAACGUUAACAUUUUUGAAGGAUUUGGAUAACGUUACUCGACAAAAUGUAGAACAGAAGGGACCAUUUGACUUUGUGAUUGGUGUCUGCCAGCAGAACUCCUCAGUUCAUCAUCAUUCGGGCAGGAUCAUUUUUCAGUAUUACCGUAUCCUUCAAUAUGCCAAGCCUAAAGGAGCAGAUGAGCGACCAUUCUUUUGGAUAUUUGUAGAUCCAGAAAUCCUGACCCAAGAUGACAUAAAAGAUGCCUCUCGCUUUCUCGAGUGUGAUCCUGUAAUCAUUCAUGAUUUUUGUGAGUCAGCAGUUCGGCUGUGGAGUAAUAUCCCCUCACUCAAAAGUAAAUUUGCUGCAGAUAUGUACGAUCCAGCUUGGGAAAACAGAAGUCAAAACUCAGGAGAAACUUGCAUGAAAAUGGUCAAACAAUUCUUGGUUCCACUGAAGGAUUAUUUUAAAAGUUACCUUUAAGAUCACAUGCACUAUUACUUUUAUGGUUGGCUGAUUUUGCUUGUAAAAUCACAUUUCAACUUGUUUCACACUGUGUGUACCUUUGCAGAACAUAUUUCUUGAUCAGCAUCAUUCAGGAUUGAAUGUUUAAUGUCCAUAGACUGGAAUUCUGUGUUUGUUUCUUUCCUUUUGGAGUGGUCAGACUAAUAUCUGGAUUAAUAAAGCACACAGAGAAAUAGUGGAUUAAGGGUUCAUCCCAAACUUUGCUGUUCAGAAGGUGGACCACAAUUUUAUAAGACUGUCAUUCAAAAUAGCUAUAAAGUAUUAAUAAUUUUACUUUAUUGGAAUGUUCUUGUAGAACAAAGGCUCCAUUGUGCCACACAUUUUUGUUCUUGUUGAUUGAACACAUUUUUAUUUUGCUUAACUUUUUAAAACUUUUCUUGUUUGUUGCAGGUCAACCUUACAAAUAAAUAUCAGUAAAUUUAAAGUAGUACAGAGUUGAUUCUUUUCCAGCCAAAGUGAAUGGGUUUAAGUUUCCAUUGAAGGCACAAUUCACCCAAAAUUGGUGAAAUCAGUGCAAAUGCUGAAGGAAUUCCAAGUGGCUCAUAUGUUCAAUGCAGAUGAUGUUUUUCAAAUGGUUUAAAAAGGGACCCUGCCCAGCCCAGCCCAGAAGUCUGGCUGCACUCUUAAUCAUGAUGACAACCUUCUUUUAACUGUUCCUGUUUGAAACUCUACAACUCUAAACUUACAGUCACUAAUAGACAACUUUUAAGUUUUAAAUAUUAAAAAUAUUGGACUUAACAUGGAACUGAAUACUGAACAUAAAAAUAAAUAAUGGUUCUGUAUAGUUAAAGUUACUUAUAGUUGUGCAAAAUUGUGUUGCAAAUAGUGAACUACAAACAUUAAAAUUGUGA